CUUUAGACUGAAUGUCGGUGUAUGCAAUGACAUGCCCACCGACUGAUGUAAUUUUCAUUUAUCAAAGAUGAACACUAUAUGGAAAGAGUUGAAACUAUGCGCCUUUUCCCUUCCAUGUAAUUUACUCCCAGGUACUAAGUACAAAUAGUGACUUGGAUCGUCAUCGUAGGACUGCGUAUAGAUCUUUACGGACCGUCUGCUAGCGAAACACCAUUUGUAUCAAUGUAAACUUUGCCCUACAAUUGGUUAUUAUCACGUGACUGUGGUGUAUAAACGUCAAAUAUAAUCGAUCAUUCCAGCACAUCUUGAAAGUUCCGUAUUGAGGUAUCAGGAGAACUCGUACCCAGAAAUUUGGGUACGAGUUCUCCUGGAGAAGUCGUACCUGGGUACGAGUUCUCCAGGAGAACUCAUACCCGGGUACGAGUUCUCUAAGAGAACUCGUACCCAAAUUUCUGGGGGGUACGAGUUCUCCAGAAGUCGAAAAUGAACAUCUACAGUAAAGGGCAAAACAAGCUGCAACCGAAAACUAUUAUUAGGUGAGGGAACAUCCCUUGCUUUAAAAAUAAACACCAAACUAAAAUGACCUAUGUACAUGACACGAAAUAAAAAACGUAGUUUGUUUCUCCAUAAGAUACUUAAAUCAGCCAUAUUAUCUGUAAAAUCCAAGUUUACCACUACCAGCGCAUUAUAACCGUAAUAUUUUUCAGCAAUCCGGAAAUUCUUUUUUUUUUGAAAAAUAAAAAUAGCUUGCCCUAAAAUAUUUAUGCAUUUAUGGGCAAUUGAAAAGGUGUACAUUAUAAAAAUACUUUAAAUAUUUAGGGCGAGAUGAAACCUGUAUGGCAAAACCUUUACAAAAUAACCAGUUUUUGGUGAAAAAUAUGGUACCAUAUCCGGUUCUAGUAUGUAUACAGCUGUAGUUGUGCUCUAACAUGGUUUUUUUUAAACCCGGGAUUCUGAUACAUAUUUAUGACACCAAUACUCCUAUUCAACAUUUACUUUCAUCUUGGGGUUUGUGAAUCAGGUUCUUUACAAUUUUGGUAAAACCUUUAAAGGACUACCUGUUCUUUUUAAAUAUCCAUUUUAAUAGUUUAAAAUUUAGUAUCGAUGGCACUAAAGAAGAUGCUAUUUUAAUAAAGUCCUUUACACGUAAAUACCAUAUACUAAAUUUGACCCCGCCCUGGGGUCAGAACCUCUACCCCCCCCCCCCCCAUCAUGAAAUUUACAAUUUUGGUAGAGGCCUUCCUGCUUUACAUCAUGAUGCAUUUAGUUUUUCUUACACAUGUGUGGUUCUAGAGAACACUUUUAAAAAUUGGUCAAGUUUUGGCAUAUUUUCCCCCACUCUUCUAAGGCCUCAAGGGUGCAGGAGUCCUGAAAAGUACAAUUUAUGUCCCCUUGUCCCAAAGACGCUUCAUACCAUAUUUGAAAAGAAUUGGAAUAGUAGUCAUCAAGAAGUUAAAAAUGUUCAAUUGUCAAUACAUGACUGACGCAGACCAAUUGCAAACCUGGGUUUACUCAGGUCACUUAAUAAAUAUACCUCUAAUACAAUAAUUUAAUAGUUGCUCUCUUCAACUAAAUUAAUGACAUGAUGUGUGCAUUCCUUUAUUUGAUGCCCAUUAGGUCUGUAAUUCCAAUUGUUAAUACAUUGCGCAAAAUGAUAUCUUCAGUCAAUAUGCAUUGUGUUGUUUAAUACAUUUGUACUUGAUUGACACCUGUGACCUCGAGACUAUUCUAGAUGGAGCAAUGUUUCUCAGUUCAGUAUAAAGAUUAGGUUAGCAUUUGUUUUGCCACAACACUGUAUGUUCUAGAAACAAAAGGUCUGGAAACUUCAAUUUCAUAUAAAUACACUGUAAAGUUCGUGGCAUUAAGCACUUGAAAGCAUUGGUUAACAAUCUGAUUAAAAUCAGAUCCUAUGAUCCGCUCACUUAGAUCGCUACACUGAUUUUAAUCAGACUGCAUUGGUUAAGAUCUUGUGAAGUUAGACACAACAGUCGAUUUGUGACAGUUUACAUUCUCGUGUGGGAAUUCAGCUUGGCAUUAACCAGCAUCGGACACUGAUUUUGUAUACCUAUUGUAAGUUAGUAAUUUGUUGUGGAUUUUGUUUUCUUUCAAUAAUAAUUUUUAUUGUAAAUAAAUUGUGUUAAAUAUU